AUGUCAAACGAAGUCAACAGUUCUCUCCUCGAUAUUUCGUUAUUACCAUACGAAAUCGGUAUUCCACGUGUUGUUCGAUUUUGGAUUAUUCUUAUAUUCUAUAUUCCAUCUCUCAUCUGCUCUCUAUUUGUUUUGUAUUAUUUUAUUGCUAGUCGAACACUACGUCAAGCUCUACACAAUCACGUUAUCACUUUACUUCUUAUUGUUAAUUUCAUUGUGCAGUUAACAAGUAUUCCAUGGAUUAUGAAUUAUUAUCGCCUAGGACAGGUUUCACCACAAUCACCAUCUUUCUGUAUAGUUUGGAUAUUAAUUGAUGAAGGCUUAACUAUCACAAUAACUACUCUUUUUGCAUGGGCAACUGUCGAAAGACAUAUUCUUAUUUUUCAUGAUCAACUUGUAGCAACACGAAGAAAAAUUCUAAUUUUUCAUUAUCUUCCUAUAGUUGUAGUUCUUCUCUAUUGUUUUUGUUAUAGUUUAAUUGUAAUUAUUUUUCCACCAUGUCAAAAUGUGUUUGAUUAUACACAACUUGUUUGUGGCUAUCCACUUUGUUAUUAUGAUCAACAAGCAUUAGCAAUAUGGGAUAUUAUAUUUGAUCAUCUCAUUCCUAUAAUCAUUAUUAUUUCUUGCAGUCUUGGACUUCUAUUACGUAUUCUUUAUCAGAAAAGUCAAAUGCGUCAACCAACUCGUUGGCGAAACUAUCGAAAAAUGACAAUACAAUUAUUAUCAAUUUCAUUUUUAUAUCUUAUUAUAUACAUUCCACAUAUGUUUAUGGAAUUUCUUCAUCUUUGUUGCAUUCCUGAAGAAGUUGGUGCAGAUUUUAAGGCAUACUCACAGUUUUUUUUAUAUUAUGGUAAUCUUCUAUUACCUGUUGUAUGUGCUGGAUCAAUGCCUGAACUUCAAUCAAAAUUGAAAAAAUUGUUUAUAUGUUGCAAACGACAGGCAAGAACCGUUCAACCUGAAACAAUAGCAUUAUCCCGACGUGCAGGUGAUCGACAUUUGAAAAAUAUAGUUACUGCUCAAUGA